CUACGCGCCGCGCACAGACAUGGCGGCGCCCAGGUGAGAGUUUUGGAGGAGGAGAUCCGAUCGGGUUUCAUGGCGUUGGCUUCGCGGCCCGCAAAGCGGGCUCUAGUUAGCACCGGGAGACUCUGCGGGGUCCCGAGACGCGGGGCGUACGAAUGGGGCGUACGCUCCACGCGGAAGCCCGAGCCUCCGCCCCUGGACCGGGUGUAUGAGAUCCCGGGACUCGAACCCAUCACCUACGAGGGGAAGAUGCACUUCCUACCGGGCCUGGCGCGGCCUGUCUUCCCGCCGUGGGACCCGGGCUGGAAGAACCCGAGGUUCCAUCGUUCCGCCCCGAUCCACGAGCAGCCGCUGUACAAGGACCGGCCUUGCUACAUCUUCCACCAGCGUUGCCGACUCCUGGAGGGUGUGAAGCAGGCUCUGUGGCUUACCAAGACCAAGCUAAUAGAAGGCCUGCCUGAGCAAGUGCUCCGACCCGUCGACGACCCCGGGAGCCACAUAGCGAAUCAAGACGAGCGUGUUCUGAACGUCAUCUCCCACGCCCGCCUGUGGCACUCCACUGAGGACAUCCCAAAGAGAGAGAGCUACUGCCCAGUCAUUGUGGACAGCCUCAUACAACUCUGUAAAUCCCAAAUUCCGAAGUUCCCUGCCCUGGCCCAGCGGAUGUAUGCCCAGAACUGCUCGUUGUCCACCGCCUGGAAUCGAGAGUCUGCUCUCCUUCAGGUCCGAGGCACUAGUGGUGCCAGACUGAGCGCCAAGGAUCCUCUGCCCCCCAUUGCCUCCCGAGCGGAGGUUGAAGCUACCAAGAGUCAUGUUCUCGAGACCUUCUACCCCAUAUCUCCCACUAUGAACCUUCAGGAAUGCAAUGUUUACGACGUGAAAGAUGACCCAGGAUUCCAGGAGGGGUGUGCGUACCCCCACCCCCACACCCUGUAUUUCCUCGAAAAGGCUAAUGUGCGGUCCCACCGCUUCCAGCCAGACCAGCUGCGUGCCAAGAUGAUCUUGUUCGCGUUCGGAAAUGCCCUGGCCCAGGCCCGGCGCCUCUACGGGAGCGCCGCCACCGUCUUGGAGCGGCCCGUGGUCGUGCAGAGCGUGGGCACGGACGGGCGCGUCUUCCAGUUCCUGGUGCUGCAGCUGAACACCACCGACCUGGCCUCCAGCGAGGGCGUCAAGAACGUGGUGUGGAUGGACGCCGACCAGCUCCUCUACCAGCACUUCUGGUGCCUCCCGGUGACCAAAAAGAGGGUGCUGGUGGAACCUGUUGGGCCGGUUGGCUUCCAGCCAGAGACGUUCAGGAAGUUUCUAGCUCUGUAUUUGCAUGGCGCCCUGUGAGCCCCGGAUCUUGUGCAGCCUGAUGCCCGUGGCCCCUCACCCUGUGAAGACAACAGCUGCCUCCUGGGGACAGUGCUGUGCCGGGGGAGGGGCGCCUCUCCACUGGAAAUAAAGGGUUCUCCUGUUGCCCUGGA